CGAGCGAUGGAUGAGGAAAACAUGACGAGGAGCGAGGAGCAGCAGCAGCUGAGUUUGCAGAAGGCGCUGCAGCAGUGCGAGCUCGUCCAGAACAUGAUCGACAUCAGCAUCUCCAACCUGGAGGGGCUCCGCACCAAGUGCGCCGCCUCCAACGACCUCACGCAGAAGGAGAUCCGCACCCUGGAGAGCAAGCUGGUCAAGUACUUCAGCCGGCAGCUCUCCUGCAAGAGGAAGGUGGCGUUGCAGGAGCGCAAUGCCAAGCUGGAAGGCUUCCCCCAGCUCCUGCACUGGUUCCGCAUCGUCGACAUCCGCAAGGAGGUGAUGGAGGAAAUCGCCCCCGGGCAGCUGAGCCUGGAGGAGCUGCUGGAGAUGACCGACGACCAGGUCUGCGAGACCGUGGAGAAGUUUGGGGCCAACAGCGAGGAGUGCGCUCGCCUCAACGCCUCCCUCUCCUGCCUGCGCAGCGUCCACAAGUCCGGCGGCAGCCUCUCCAAGCAGGAUUGGACCAUCCAGUGGCCCACGGCGGAGCCGGGGAAGGAGAACCAGCCGGGCUGCCCGCCGGAGCCCGUCCAGUGGAUCCGCACGCACCUCUCGCAGAGCCCCAAGCCCCCUCCCAAGUGCGCGCAGCACCACUGCCACGCCGGCUCGUCCCACGGCCCCCUCUACACCCAUGUGGACCGCCUGACCGUGGAGGGCCACCCGGGGCUGUGCCCGCCCGUGGAAUCCGGCCACCGCUCCCUGCCGCCCUCCCCGCGCCAGCGGCACGUGGCUCACACCCCGCCGCGCACCCCCAACAUCGUGACCACCAUGACGCCCCCUGGCACGCCGCCCCUGCGGCGCGGGAACAAGCUGAAGCCCCCCGGGACGCCGCCGCCGGCGUCGCGCAAGCUCAUCCACCUCCUGCCCGGCUUCACUGCCCUGCACCGCAGCAAGUCUCAUGAGUUCCAGCUGGGGCACCGCGUGGAUGAGGCGCACACCCCCAAGGUAAAGAAGAAGAACAAGCCCUUGAACCUCAAGAUCCACAACAGUGUGGGCAGCUGCGAGAACAUCCCCUCGCAGCGCUCCCCGCUGCUCUCUGAGCGCUCCCUGCGGUCCUUCUUCGUGGGGUACCCACCGUUCCUCCCCUCCACGCCUCCCGUCCACACCGACACCACCUUCUCAGCAAAUACGCUGUCAGUGCCUCGCUGGUCCCCACAGAUCCCCCGACGAGACCUGGGAAACUCCAUAAAGCACAGGUUUUCCACCAAGUACUGGAUGUCUCAGACCUGCACCGUCUGCGGGAAAGGAAUGUUGUUUGGCUUGAAGUGCAAAAACUGCAAGCUCAAGUGCCACAACAAAUGCACCAAAGAGGCCCCUCCGUGCCACCUGCUGAUCAUCCACCGCGGAGGGAGACGAGCCGUGCGGGGCGAGGCAGAUUUGCAUUGCAAACCGCUUCCACCCACCCUCCCCCUGCCACCUUUUCUUUUCAGAUUCCCCACCGCACGGGCGAGGUUAGUCCGGACAGAGUCGGUGCCCUGCGAUAUCAACAACCCCCUGCGGAAGCCCCCCAGGUAUUCAGACCUGCACGUCAGCCAGACGCUCCCCAAAACCAACAAGCUCAACAAGGACCACAUCCCGGUGCCCUACCAGCCAGACUCCAGCAGCAACCCGUCCUCCACCACCUCCUCCACGCCAUCCUCGCCGGCCCCACCGCUGCCGCCCAGUGCCACGCCGCCGUCCCCGCUGCACCCAUCGCCGCAGUGCCCGCGCCAGCAGAAGCAGUUCAACCUGCCGGCCUCCCAUUACUACAAGUACAAGCAGCAGUUCAUUUUCCCAGACGUGGUACCUGAGACGCCGACCCGAGCCCCGCAGGUGGUCCUGCACCCUGUGACCUCCAACCCCAUCCUGGAAGGAAAUCCAUUACUUCAAAUUGAAGUGGAGCCCACAUCAGAGAACGAGGAAGGCGCCGAGGAGGCGCAGGAGUCGGAGGACGACUUCGAGGAGAUGAACCUCUCGCUCCUCUCCGCCCGCAACUUCCCCCGCAAGGCCAGCCAGACCAGCAUCUUCCUCCAGGAGUGGGACAUCCCCUUCGAGCAGCUGGAGAUCGGCGAGCUCAUCGGCAAGGGCCGCUUCGGGCAGGUCUUCCAUGGCCGCUGGCACGGGGAGGUGGCCAUCCGCCUCAUCGACAUCGAGCGGGACAACGAGGACCAGCUGAAGGCCUUCAAGCGGGAGGUGAUGGCCUACCGGCAGACGCGGCACGAGAACGUGGUGCUCUUCAUGGGGGCCUGCAUGAGCCCCCCGCACCUCGCCAUCAUCACCAGCCUGUGUAAAGGACGGACUCUCUACUCGGUGGUGAGAGACGCCAAAAUCGUCCUGGACGUCAACAAGACGAGGCAGAUAGCGCAAGAGAUCGUGAAGGGGAUGGGGUACCUGCACGCCAAGGGGAUCCUUCACAAGGACCUCAAGUCCAAAAACGUUUUCUACGACAAUGGGAAGGUGGUGAUCACGGACUUUGGCCUCUUCAGCAUCUCGGGCGUUCUCCAAGCAGGCAGGAGGGGGAACAAGCUGCGGAUCCAGAACGGCUGGUUGUGCCACCUCGCCCCCGAGAUCAUCCGCCAGCUCUCACCCGACACCGAGGAAGACAAGCUGCCCUUCUCCAAGCACUCGGAUGUUUUUGCGCUGGGCACCAUCUGGUACGAGCUGCACGCGCGGGAGUGGCCCUUCAAGACGCAGCCAGCGGAGGCAAUCAUAUGGCAGGUGGGGCGGGGGAUGAAGCCCAACCUCAGCCAGAUCGGGAUGGGCAAGGAGAUCUCGGACAUCCUGCUCUUCUGCUGGGCCUACGAGCAGGAGGAGCGACCCACCUUCACCAAGCUCAUGGACAUGCUGGAGAAACUGCCAAAGCGCAACCGCCGCCUUUCCCACCCAGGGCACUUCUGGAAGUCGGCGGAGCUGUGACCGAAGGAGCUGAGGGACGGUGCCUUCCUCCCCCUGCGCUUCUCCUCGUCCUCACCACUUAUCCUCCAGGCGCCGUGGCAGAAAGAGCAGUGGGCGCUGCGGGAUGGGAGCGCUGCCUGCUCUGCGCAGCCUUCCGCUCCGAUGGAGAGGGGCCAGUGGCCUGGGACCCGUGGGGACACCGCCGCGGCAGGGGGGUGACAGUGGCCGCAUGCACAGAGGCUGCGGGGCCAGCACCCCGCCAAGCAGGGCUGGGCGGCUUCAAUUUAACACCAGGGCUUCUCUGAUCCCAAUCAGCAUGGUCAGUGCUCAUGUCGCUCCUUUGGGGCUGGCUCGCUUCUUGGUUCUUAGGGAUUUUAUUUAAUUUUCUUUUUCAUGAAAAAAAAAUAUCGGGGGGGGGGGAUAGGGGGGGAAACGCUGCUGAUUCACGAGUUCCGUGCCGCUGCUAUUAGCUGCCCCCCGCCGGGAAAUGCAUCCGCAGCAUCCCGCUCCUCGGCACCCCGUGGCGGGCAGCGGUGACCUUUCACAAGUGGCUUCUCUGCUCCCGGCCGUGCCCACUUAGGCUCCCCCCGGCUCUCCCUCUCAGCAGGGCACAGCUCCACGGCCCCGCUAAAUUAGCCCUUGGCCCCGGCGCGGAGCUAAUCAGCCGACCUCUCCACCUCGCCUCUCCCCUUUGCUUCGGGCUCUCUCCAGAAAUAGCUGCGCCGUGCCAAGGGCUGUUAUUCGGAUGCUCGAGGGCUGGACAAGCUUGUGGGUUAUUUUUUUGGGCUUGUCUAUAGAGCAGUGGGAGCAGGCUCUGGUUGUACAGAGCUGGCAUCCCCUUCCUGGCCCCAUAGCUGUCCCAGCAUCCCGGACAUCCACCAUCCAUCAGCCAAAGCCCUGAGCUCACUGCUUUUGGGGCAGCAUCUCGGGGCCGGUGCCCUGUCUCGUGCCGGUGUUUCCCUCUCCCUGCCAGCUCGGCUGGGUCCCCGAGCCCAUUAGGUGAGCUGUCAAGUGACAGCGGAGAGCAAAUUGCAUUCUCAGGCUCUAACCGAGCGUAAUUGCUUGACAGGAGCUGCCCUGAAUAAUUCAGUCGUGGUGUGAGUUGGUUUUAAUUCGGAGCUGUUACACAGCUCUGCAAACUAACCGGCCCUGUGGUGUUCGCUGUUCCUUCGACCGGCUCUUGCUGGUGUUUUCUGCUGCUUUGGCUGAAAUGGAUGAGGAUCAGAAGCCUCUGCUAAGCACUGGAGGUGGGAAGAGCCGUGGGAACAGGGAGGUCCCGGAGGCUCCUUCCUUAGGAAGGUCCUGGGAAAAGGUUGUUCUGGACAGGGCUCAGGCUGGUGCUUUUGGCGCACGUGCUGUGCCGUGCUGUCACAUCCCUGCUGCUUUGCACAAAGUGAGGAGGAGGCAAUCGGACCAAGUCUGUGUUUGGCCAUUAGGGGGUGAGCCUAGGUGAGCGUAGGGUGCACGCCAGGCUGUGCCAAUUCCCCCUGCGCUGGGCAGCACUGUCCUUUUGUGGACUCUGCACGAUGCAGCAGAGCUUGGCGCAGGUGGUGAGCAUCUCCCCGUCCUGGUGAUGUAAGAUGCCCCACAUCUGCUUGCCCUCUGCCUCCUCCACGUCCCUCCUCUUCCCUCACUCACACAAACCAGCUUCAUCUCACCUGGGCCACCACGACGGUGUCCUCCACUGCCUGUCCUCCCCUCCCAAAGCCUCCUCUUGCACUCCCCAUCCUCUGUGCGUGUGCCAUAAGUGUUGCACUAAAGCUCGGAGCCUCUCUGAGUUCUCACCAAUGCCUUUGCUCGCAGCAGCCCUGGGGGCUGUGGGUCGCUGGGGAUGGGGACUGGUCCCCACGUCCUGUCCCCACCGAUCCUGUCCCUGUUGCUCGUGCCAGCAGGCUGAGCACCCACAGCUCUGUGCGCCCCGGGAUGGGCACGAGGGGGAAUCCACAGCACAGGAACUUUGUCUCCGUGUUGGAAGGAUCAAGGAGGUGAUGCCAUGGUUGCUGCUCAGCAUCAGGGGUAGCAAGGUCCUCUGGCCUGGUAGGCACUGUGCAGAUUUGUGGUGGAGGUACUUGAAAGACUUUCUGAAGACCUGCUGUGCUUUGGGUGUCCGAAUGGAGCUGAGGGAUGCUACAGCCAACAGGUCUCACCCAACCCAGCUCUGCUCUUUCUUCCUUGUUUUUCUUCCUGGGAGCAUCUCCCCCAGGCCAUGAGCAGAGGAAGCCGUCGCACAGUGGCACCAACAAAAAAAUAGCUGCCCUCUAUUUACCAUAAGCGAGCCCAGAAGAGCAGCUCCCUCCCUUCCAUUCAGCGCAGCAGCGGCUGUUUGUGCAGCCGUGUUAUUUGCAUCAUGCCUUCUUAUUUCUGAAAGUCUAAUUAUU